AUGCGAAUAGAAGUCCCCGUCGCGAUGUGGGAUUUUGACCACUGUGACCCACGCCGCUGCUCUGGCAAGAAGCUCGCCCGCGCAGGCCUUGUACAAAACCUCAGAGUUGGUCAGCGCUUCCGAGGGAUUGUUGUUUCGCCAAAUGGAGCGCAGCCGAUCAGCCCAGCCGACCAAGACAUUGUAGCUGCUAAUGGUAUCGCAGUCGUGGAAUGCUCGUGGGCAAGACUAGAGGAGGUACCUUUUGGGAAGAUCGCGAGCCCUCACGAAAGGCUUUUGCCCUAUCUUAUUGCCACCAAUCCUGUGAACUAUGGCCGCCCAUGGAGAUUAAACUGUGUGGAAGCCCUGGCCGCUGCGUUUUACAUCACGGGCUUCAACAGCUACGCCGAAGCCUUGUUGAAGCCUUUUGGAUGGGGUCACACAUUCUACGAAGUUAACGGGUCCCUUAUUGAUAAGUACAAGACAUGCAAAUCUUCAACGGAGGUGUCUGCGAUGCAAGAAAAUGUACUGAAGGAGCUAGAAGAUUCGUACAAGCACUCGAGAGAAGCUCAAGGUGAGGUUAAUCUUACCCCGGACUUCACUGCCAUUGAGAUAUAUUGCAGCGGAAGCAGAUGA